AUGUUGUCAUUCCCUGCCGCAAAUUGGCAGAAAGCUCUUGGUUCCACCUCCGCCUUGGGGAAGAACUUGAAAUACGGACGCGUUGCCAGUCCUAUCAUACCUGGCCGACUGUAUCUCUCGGAUCUCUAUACGGCAACAGAUGAAGAAAAGAUCAGAGAGUUGGGUAUCACGCAUAUCAUCACGGUCAUGGAAUACAAACCAGCCCUCCCCGACUUUAUCGAGGAGGGGAAACGUAUGCACAUACCCAUUGCAGACAGUUCGCAGUCAGAUAUCUUACAAUAUCUUGAUGCAACUACAAACUUCAUCAAACGGGCUUUGGAGGAAAAUGAGAUGAAUAAAGUCUUGGUGCAUUGCUUCCAAGGGAUCAGCCGAAGCGCUACAGUAGUCUGCGCAUACCUCGUAGCCACGACGAGCAUGACUGCAGAAUCCUCCAUUACCCAUGUUCAAUCUUUGCGUGGGAUUGUAUCCCCCAAUGAUGGGUUUAGACGCCAACUGAAUCAAUAUGGAGAUCAAUACGUGAAGCUGAAAGCCAAACCAAAACCAAAUCAAGCCAUCACAGAGGAUGUGCUCAAAUUUGGAGGUGGAAUUGCCGCACGGAUACGAAGGUUGAAGGGCAUUGACACUGCAGAAAAGAGUCCUUGA